CGUAGAGGACGCUAUUUAUCAGUGUUCUGUGCUUUUUAUGUUUAAAACGAAAAAUAAAGUUAUAUCAGUACAGUAUCAAUUAGUGAAUUAAAUAAAUUUCUUUGUUUGUCUCGCAUGUUAUCAACUAAAAUAUAGAUCAUUCAGUUGUCUUAUAAGGAAAAAUUAAUAUACCAUCAUGGAUAUUCGUCCUAAUAACACUAUUUAUAUUAACAAUUUAAAUGAAAAAGUUAAGAAGGAAGAACUGAAGAAGUCGCUUUAUGCAAUUUUUUCCCAAUUUGGUCAAAUUUUGGAUAUAGUCGCAUUGAAGACGCUUAAAAUGCGCGGUCAAGCAUUUGUUAUAUUCAAGGAAAUUCAGAGUUCUACAAAUGCAUUACGAUCUAUGCAGGGUUUUCCAUUUUAUGAUAAGCCAAUGAGGAUACAGUAUUCAAAAACCGAUUCAGAUUUAAUUGCCAAAAUGAAAGGAACUUAUCAAGAUCGACCAAAGAAGAUUAGACCAGCUCCAGUUAAAGAAGAUGAUGCUCCCAGGAAAAAGAAGAAAAAUAAAGACCCCAACAGGGUUCCUGGUGGUGCUAAUGCUGAACAACCACCAAACCAAAUUCUUUUCCUGACAAACUUACCUGAUGAAACAAGUGAAAUGAUGUUAUCCAUGUUGUUCAAUCAGUUCCCUGGCUUCAAAGAAGUUCGUUUGGUACCAAAUAGGCAUGACAUUGCUUUUGUGGAAUUUGAAAAUGAACUACAAUCCGGUGCCGCUAAAGAUGCACUUCAAGGUUUCAAGAUCACACCAACACAUGCAAUGAAAAUUUCUUUCGCCAAAAAGUGAGGGGAAGGAGUUCAGGCUAAAACGAACUAUAGACGAUACCUCUCCAUGUAUGUCAUGGAACUAUAUGGUAGUUUCCUUCUAGUUCUCAUUUUACAGUGAUUAUAUUACGUCUAAGUGUUGAAACCUACCAUAGAAUAAAUAACAUUUAUUCAA